CCCGUCGAGAACGCCGAGAACGCUCCGCAGCGAUGAUGCAUUAGAUCAUAGUUCAUCGAAAGCGGAACAGAGAGCUAUAUAGUGGCUCUAAGUGAGAGUGAAAGGGUGGCAAGAUAGCUGGUGGGCAGGAAGUGGAAGUCCACCCUCCCCACAAAAAACCCCGCGAAAAUCGCAGUGAUUUCGUUAGCCACAUUUACGUGUGUUCAUGUGAUUCGACGGAGUAAAUAGAAAAUCAGAAAAGCACAAGUGAAAUGCAAAACAUGUGGAUCAUUUUCCUGAUCAUCGGACUUCUGGUGCUCGGGCUGCUGGUUCUGCUAAUUAUCGCGGCGCGAUAUCAACGCGACUAUUGGCGCUAUCUGAACAUUCCGCACGAGAGGCCGAAAAAGCUAUGGCCUAUCAUUAGGCAAAUAAUGACGCAGACUUUGAGCACGGAGGCGAUGAAGGCGAAUCAUUACUCUGCCAUAUACAAAAAGUUCAAGGGCAGCGGUCCCUUCUGCGGAUUCUACGCUCUGCUGCAGCCGCGAGCUUUGAUCCUCGAUCGGGAGCUGAUCAGGCAGAUAAUGAUCAAGGAUUUCUGGAACUUCAACGAUCGUGGGUUGUACUGCAACCAGAAAUCGGAUCCGUUGUCGGGGGAUCUUUAUGCUUUGAGAGGGGAGAGCUGGAAGGAGAUGCGCAGGAAGUUGGAUCCCAGUUUGGAGGGCGAUCGCAUGUCCUGGUUGUUCGGUUGUCUCUACGAGGAAGCUGCAGAACUCCUUCUGAAUGUUAGUUCGACUCUAAUGAAGCAACCCCAUUCCACGGUUCAUAUCCAGAAGAUCAUGAGGCGUUAUGUCUUGUCUUCCCUGGCUAAAUGUGUUUUUGGUUUGGAUGCCGAGCAGAGGAAAACAUUUCCCUUGGACGACUUUGAGCAGAUGACGGAGAUGGCUUUGAAUAGCCAUAAACAUGGUUACCUCAUGAACCUGAUGAUGAUACGCUUUCCGAACUUUUGUCGAAUGCUGCGCAUGCGUCAAACGCCCAAACAGGCGGAGGAAUAUUUCACCAAACUCCUGGUGAAAAUUGUGGAGCAAAGAGAAGCCUCAGGAGUUCGUCGCCAGGACUAUUUGCAGUUGCUAAUGGAGGUUAAGGCAUUGGAAUUGAUCACCCACCAAUACGAAUCGGAUAAGGAGUUGGGCUUGCAUCUGCAAAACGAGUUGGCAGCCCAUGCAGUUGUCUUUUUGAAGGCAGGAUAUGAACAAACGGCAAAUACUCUAUCCUAUAUGCUAUAUGAACUAGCCUUGCAUCCCGAAUUGCAAAUUCGAGUGAGGGAGGAGGUUAACAAAGCUAUUGAACGCAAUGAGGGGAACAUCAACUACGAGUGCAUUCAGUCGCUGAAUUUCAUGGGUCAGGUAAUCAAUGAAACCCUGAGAAUGCAUCCCAUAACUCCUUACAUCCUGCGACGCACUUUAAAUGAUUACGCGGUUCCGGAUCAUCCGAAGUACAUCUUGGUCAAGGAACUGUUCCUCAUCAUUCCCACCCACGCAAUCCACCACGAUCCGGAUAUCUAUCCGGAACCGGAGAAAUUCAAACCAGAUCGAUGGGGUGGACCAAGAGAUUCCCUGCAGGAACAAGGCACCUGGUUUGGAUUCGGAGUGGGAGCUAGAAGUUGCAUAGGAAUACAGUUCGCACAGCUGCAACUGCGAUUGGCAUUGGCCAUUCUACUUUCCGAAUACGAAUUCAGUUUGAGCACCAGACAACCUCUGGUGAAUCUGGAGGAUGGCAUUGCGCUAACCCUGAUGCCAUUGGGAGUUAUAGAGCCAGGAAACGAGGAGAGGGCGGUAUGAAAUGGAGAUCAGAACUGACAUAUGAUUAAUCUCUGGGAGAGAAGAAAUAUAUUAUCAAUUACAUCAUCUCUGAUUUCAAGUAAAAAGUGCCACUGAAGCAAAUAAUUAUUACCAAAAGUUGUUAAUUACUUCGUUUAAAAUUGAGAAAUAGUUUCACCAUUUCGGAUAUACAAAAAUUCAUAAAAAUUGAGAAGUUACUUCCUUAAAUUAAUUGAUUUUAGUUCACUUAAAAAGUUUCCUGUUUCUACUUAAUAUGGAAAGUGUUUAAAGAUUGAAGCAACUCAUUUGCGUAUGAAAAAUGUCAAGAUGAGUAAGAGAUAAAACUUAUGUCAGUAUCUAAAUCUCCAGCCUUAACUUAAUGACGAAGAAUUUACUCGACGAACAAAGUCUAGAAAGCAAUAUAAAACUCAGUAUGGCAACUAACCAAAUAAAUUAUAAUAACUAAA